AUGGGUCAACAGGUGUCUUCAACUAAUUUAAAACCUCCUGAUUUACUUGUAACACAUAAUCAACAGUCAAAUCAGAUAUUAUCUAAUGAUCGAACAGAAGAUGUGCAUUUAUUUUUACCAUUGGAUGUCAUCAAUUCCAUAAGUCAAAAUUCGAUUGAAUUGCCAAUUACAAAACAAACAUUGAUCAAACAAAUUCGAGCUGAUCUAUCUUUACUAACAAAUUCAACUGGAUUAGAUGAGUUCAACAAGGAGAUUGCAGGAAUAAUUCAACAAGUUUUUGAUUAUAUUGCAACAACGAAUACAAAUCUACAAAAUGCUAUACAAUCAAACAUUCACAAAGAACAACAAUUGAAAAAGUCUUAUGCUGAAAAAUUGAAGGACGAUGAAAAUACAACUACUUCUAUAUUUGAUCAACCAUUUGUCGAUUCUUCUAGUGAGGAGAACAUAUCGAAUGAAAAUCAAACAAAGAACAAUUCGAUCAAACAAAUACGAUUACAUCAAUUUCAAGCUGAACAACUCUCAUUUUUUGCUGUUCAAUCGUUAAUAUCUAUGCUAAUGAUGUUAAUGCAGUCGGCACAAGCAUAUGAUUCUAAUAUUGUUCAUCGAAUGCUCAUUUUAACAAAUCAACUUGUCGAACAAAUUCCACUAAACUAUCUUUCUCCAGACGUUUACAAAAAGUCAAGUAAUUUGUUUAAAUCUUUGAAACCAUUGGUCAAUUAUAUCAAUGAAUUUUCAAUACAAACUGAAAUCGAUCCUAUUGCAGCAAAUCAAUCGAUUACAAUCUUAUUAAAUUUUUCGAUUAUCAAAGGCUCAUUCAAAGAUAUUCUACCAUUAAUCAGCAAAUUACUGUUCAAUACAACUGAUAUUUAUGACAUAAGAAGAUUAUUCAUAGAAUUGAAUAAAGAUCUAACAACAAUGAUGAAUCAAUUCAAGAAAGAAAAGCAGACACCAAGUGACACAGCAACAACAGCAAUUACAUCACAGAACGCUACAGAAAGUGACAGAACAUGCAAAGAACAGGAACAAACAGAAGCAGUUGGAUCCACUGAAAAACUAUCCGAUAUAGAACACAAUUGUUUGGCCUCAUUAGAAUAUCUUAAAUCGAUUGAAGCGUUUCCCAGCACAAAAUUAAUAGCAUUAAACGAGAAAAAAUUCACGGGUCAAUACAUAUCUUCAAUCUUACUUGUUCAUGUCGAUUUACACAAUCAACUUCAUGCAAAAUCACAAUUCGAAUGUGGUUCUAUGAUUGGUUCGUUUUCAUUUGAAUUUGAACCAGAAACAUUCAAAUAUUUAUAUAAAAUAAUCGAACAAUUAACUAUGAUGCAAGCAUCAUCGAACAAUAAUCUCGAAUAUAUUUUGACCGUUUGUCUACGAUUAUUUACAACACAUUUUAAAUUUUUAAUUGCUUCAAAUAUUGACAAUUUUCAUGAUUUUAUGAACGAAAAUGAUAUUGAAAAAUGGUUCAUAUUAAUAUCAAAAUUUGCUUUAAAUGAUAAAUCAGAAGAGAGAAAAAUAGAAGCAUCGAAAACUUUGAUUGAUUUGAUUGAUAAGAAACUAUCAUCGUUUCCCAAAAUGUUGACAUUUUUUCAUACAUACAUCAUGGAAAAUAAACAUCCAAUAUUAAUUGAACAAUUAUUUAAUAAAUUAAUUCAAAAUGUAUUUAUAUAUAAAUGGAUCGAAGUUUUAUGUGAUGAUCGUAAUGUUCAAGAUAGAGAAUUAGCAUAUACAGUCUUACAUUCGUUUAUGAACAUUGUCUUAAAACCAAAUUCGAUGGAUGUUGAAAAAAUUAAUAAAUUACGUGACAUCAUACUGAUAUUUCAAGAAUUAUUAUUCGUUCACUUGAAUAAUCAACCUAUGGAUGUAUCAGAUGAACUUAAAUCAUCUGCUCUAUCGACACUUACUAUGGACUAUACGACACAUGUGAUCAAAUAUUGUAUUCAACAAAAAGUUAAAAGUGUUUUACUAGAGCCACUUCUGCUUGGUCUAUGUACUCUUACUGAAUCGAAAUUUAACUUUGCUAUCAUACAACCAAUUUUUACUGCUAUUCUACCUGUAUUUGCUGAAUACUUAAUACAAACAACAAUCGAUGUAGAUGAUAAAAAUAUCAAUCUAAUUUCAUGGUUAGUAGCAAAGAUGAGCCAUCGAUUAAUUGUUGGCCCACCACAGAGUUCAUUGGAGAAAAAAUAUAAUACAGCAUUGAAGUUACCAUUAUUUGCUGGUGGAUAUGAAACGUUAACAACAGAUAACAAUUCGUAUUUAUCGACUUUAUUCAAAUCUGAUUUAGCGGUUUACAGUCAAUUUGUAGUACCUUAUCGACAACAACAAUCAGUAUUAGACAGUGAAUUUUUACUCUCAGUUUAUAAUAAUACCAAUCAAGGUGCACAAUUGAUUUCAAAAAUGAAAUUAUUCACUCGAGAUAAACAACGUAUCUUACAAAAAUCAAUUGAAUCAAAUGCUGAUGAUGCAUGUGCUGCAGUAUUUGCAGUCUAUAUUAAACAUUAUCGUCGUAUUGAUCUAGCUCAACAUGAAUUAAUUCAACCAAUUGAUCAAAAACCACAUGCUAAACUUCUUUCAUUGUACGAAUAUGCUAAUCAAGUAAGAAUGAUUUUUGCUACGACCAAAGCUCAAGGUGGUGAUUGUGACGAACUUUAUAAAAAAAUUAAAAACGAUGCAUUAUUAUUACUCAUAUCAGUCAAAGAAAGUUCUUAUAUAUCAACAAUUAAAGAAAAUCUUUCAUUACCAGUAAUCACUACCAAUCAAUCGAAAUUACAACGACAAAAAUCACGUUGGACAAAAGCAAAAUAUAUUAUUCGAUUACUUCGUAAUGUAUUGAAUGCUUGUAUACGAUUGAAAUAUUUAAUGUUGGCAAAGAAACAAGCCGUUGAACAAAAGAAGGAUAGUGAAAGUGUUAUGCAUCAAGCUAUUAUGACUUGUCUAUAUGGAAAUGAGGCAGCAAUAACUGCAGUGAAUGGUGAAUUCAAAAUUCAAUCUGAUGAAGUUGUCAAAUGUUUGAUUCGACAAUAUCAAAGAGCUAUGACUAGAUGGAUUACAUAUGUAUUUAUUCAUCGAUUUAUCGAACAAGUAACUACUAUCAAAGAUAAUAAUCGAAUGUUAAAUAUUCUAGUUAUGGAUUUAAUGAAUUUGAAAGGUAAUAAUUUAGAUUGGCAUUAUCUCGAAAAUAUUCAAGCAUCAAAUAAUCAAUUAAAAGAAGAUAUUGGACAUCGAUACUAUUCAAUUACUAAAAAAGUAUUAUCAUUCUCAAACGAAUCUACAUUGGAAUCCAAUAUAAAAACAAUGCUUAUGUUUUGUUUAUUUAAUCUCUUAAAUCUAUCCUAUGAUUCGAUGGAUUUAUGUCAUUUAAAUUAUUUUCAAUUUUUUGAAGAACUAUUUAAUUUGUUUGUUAGAUUUGCUCAAAUGGAUUCGACUACAAUCAUUUCGAAAGAUAUGAAACUUACAGCAUUCAAUUGGUUUCGUCUAUUUGUAUUGAGAGUAUGCGAAAAUAUUGAAAUAGAAGAAUUACGAAAUACACAUUUUGGUAGUCGAAAAUUCCAUCAUAUUUUACAACAACAACAUGAUUUAAUUUUUAACAAGUUAAUUUUAACUGAACUUAAAGAAUUGCAACAGAAUAAAACAACAUCAACACCUGAAGAAGAAAGUGAAAACUUAUCAUUGAAAAAUGUUUCUGUCGGCUAUUUUAUUUCAUCAUCAACGUUUGAUACCGAUACUUGUAUCAAUCAAUAUUUAAUGCUUCUACUUCGGUGUGUUCAUUUGUAUGAUCAUAUUCGAUCACAUUGUGCUACAAUGGAAUGUAUUCAACAAUUAUUGAAUUUAUAUCAUCAAAGCCAACUUCUUAAUACUCGUCUAUUAACAUUAAAAAUUCUACGUGAUCUCUUGAUAUUUUUGCCAGACAAUACAAACGAAACAAUACGUCGAUGUUUUAUUGAGAAUUUAUUAACGGAUAUUUUAUUUUCUAUUGGUCAAAAUUUUAAUAUAUUGGAAAAAAAUAAAAUAGAUCUCGAUAUUGUCAUCGAAUUUAUUUAUAUCUAUCGUACUAUAAUAUCACAAAGCUCACCAUGGCAAAAAAUAGCAACUAAAUUAAUUAUCGAUGCAAUUAAAUCAAGUACGAAUUUCGAUUGGACAUCAUUAGAAUCUGUUGAAAUACGACAAAUGAAUUUCUUUCUUGCAUCGUUAUGUAUCUUAGGUGGUUAUGUUGAACCAUAUUGUUUAGGAUCAACGGUAGAAAUCUAUACUGUUGAUAAAAAUAUUCAUGAAUCAGAACCGGCAACUAUCAUUGAAAUCGAUACAAAUGCUAUUGAGUCAGAUUCAUCUGAUGUUACACCUUAUCUCAUACAAUAUGCUGCAACAAAUCACAUUCAAUCGGUUUCAUUGAGUCAAUUACGUAUCAUUACCGAUAUUCUUCCACCAAAUAUAACACUUUUACCAAUAGAUAAUGUCGCUCAUAGUAUUCUUGAUACAUUGGGCUUUCUAGCGCAAAUUGAUACAUCGAAAAUUGAUUCAUUGAUAUUACUACAAAUAAAACGUCGUGCUAUAAUAGCAUUCUAUUCAUUAUUAAAUCAUAAAUCAGUUGUCGAUAUUUUCCUACAAAAACCUUAUGCAUCACUUAUUGCUAAAUUAUCGAUAUCAAUUGACAAUCUUAAUUCAAACGAUAGUAUAAAACCGAACGACUUACGAUUGUUUAAUCGAUUACAUCUAGACCAAUAUAAUUUGAGUUUAGAUAAAUGUGAGAGAACAAAACAAAUAGUGCAAGAUGACAUUGAAACUAUUGGUAAUAUAAAUAAAUGGAAUACGAUUAAAAUUAAUCGUGAUGUCAUUAUUCUACAGUAUCUAUCUUCAACGACUUCGAUUGACGAAGGAUGGAAACCUAUUGCAUCUAAAAGAGAAAUACAAUCAUAUAAAUGGGGUAGAAUUGGGAAUAACGAUAUUCGUAUUGUUCCUUUAUCUAUCAAUGAUAAUAUACCAGCAUUAGAAGAAUGUGGUGAUAAGCAUAAAUUCAAAGGAAGAGUUAAAAUAACUGAUAAUACUGGAAAUAUUUACUAUAUGACUUAUAUUAUGGAUAAUAUACAAUUGACCGAAGGAAGAUGGUACUAUUGCAUUAAACUUCCAUUAGGUGGUUCAGCACGAAUUGGCUGGGCAGCAAACGAGUUUAGUCUUACACCAGAUAUUUUAAGACGUGUGGGUGACGAUCAACUUUCCUGGGGCUAUGAAGGAUCAUCAGGAUAUUGUUAUUAUUAUAACUCACAUAGCUUUCGGGAUGACAUUCGCUGGAAAUCAGGGGAUGUCUGUGGUUGUGGUAUUGAAAUCAAUGGGGAAAAUACGACUAUCAAAUAUUGGUUAAAUGGUCAAUGUUUAGGUACAGCAUUUUCACACUCGGAAAAUAAUAAUAUUCAAGCAACUAUUAAAACGAAUUUAUUGCCCAAUGGACUUAAUACUUCUUAUUUUCCUGCUGUUAGUGUAGAAGUCUAUUCUAAUGAGAAUAAUACAGGUGCUUUUGACUUUAUAUUUAGUCCAGAAGAUAUGACUAACUGUCCUUUACCGAAUGGUUAUAAGCCAUUAUUAAUGCCGACAUUAAUGACAAUGGAAAAUGUAUUAGUAGCUUAUCCAUAUAGUGCCUAUCUCAUUGGUAAUGAUAUUCAUCAAUAUUUCUAUACGAGUCGAUGUUCAAAGCAGGAUUCAACUGAAAAGAAAAUUUCUUUGAUACGUGAUUUUGUUAAUGAUCAUCAUUGCAAAGUUCCAUUUGAUAUCGAUAUGAUAACAGCUGAUCAUCAUCUAUUGAAACUAUCGAAAGAUAAUGAUGGUUUUCCACUGUCAAUCGAUAAUGAUCAAUUGUUGACUGUUAGUUUCGAUUUUGAAAUUAUGCCAACAGAUGAAAUGAGAAAUCUUCCGAAUGAACUCGAUAUUAUAUUAUUUGCUCUAGAAAAUGAAAUAUUUUCAAUUCGAAUAUAUAUAAAUGAUAUGAAUGAUGAUUUUAUUGAUGAAACAAUGAAAUAUCGACAACGUGUUGCCAUCCUAUUUCGAACAAAUGAACAAACCAAAGUCUACAUUAACAAUAAAUAUCAAACGUUGAAUUACUGUCAUCGUUUUGAUCCAACAACAAAAUCAAAAUUGAAUCUACGACUAUUACCAUAUCUAUAUGUCGGAAUUCGAAAUCUAGGUGUAUGGAAAUAUACACUUUCGGAAGAACAUAUUCGACGUCUCUUCACUUAUGGUCUAUUAUAUGUUGCUGUCGACUAUCAAAAAUUGAUUGAAUAUCGAAAACAAGCAAAUACUUUCGUAUUUACAGCAGAGCAAAAAUAUUUUACAAAUGAAACACUAGUUCCAUUUAAUGAAUCAUUUGAAGAGAAUCUAUGGCGAAGAAGAAAACAAUUCGUUGAUCAUUUUGAAUGGACCUAUUUUAAGGCAAUACCUGGAACUAAUCGAUCGGUCAUACAAUUAUUUGGAAAUAAAACUUAUCUAGUUUUAAACACUGCAAACCAAGUGUGGUCUGAAUAUACGCUGAUUCUUGAUAUUUCUAUACCCAGUUUUCCAUCAAAUAGUGAGACUCGAUUAACAUUAUUAACAUUGAAUACACAAUCAGAAAUUUAUCUUACUCAUGACGGUCAUAUUUGUGUAUCCGGAGGACAUCAAAGUUCAUCAAUAGUGAAGUUACAAAAAUACACUCGUUUGCUUAUUUCUGUUCAAGAGAAAUCUAUUAAUAUCUAUGUCAACGGUUCGUUAGAACUCAAAGCAUCAAUUACAGAGGAUCAAUUUGCAACAAAAUUGAAACGUAUCGAUUUGUUUCGAGAGAUAGAUUUGACUAUGAAUACUACCGGUGAUGAUCAAUUACGAAUUGAAUGUCAAUCGAUAACAUUUUGGAAUAAAGCAACCGAUACUCUUCAUCCAUCAUUGGCAAAAUUGAUUCAAUCAACUGAAUAUCCUUUAGAACAAGUUGUUGUUCCACCUUUUUGGAUUUUAUCAACAGGUCUCAUCGGCAUUGGUUACAAAGAAGAAAUGAUCAAAUACGUAAUGAAACAAUAUAAUACGACAAAUAUUCAUUUUAUCGAUACUAUUCUACGAGAACAAAGUCAAGAAAUAGAAAAGACUCAACAAAAUGAUCAACAACUAAGAAAAAUCAAUAUAUUAGCACGAUUGCAUUCCUACGACGAAAAUGGGACAUUAGCAAUGUUAAUGAAAAUUAACGAUGAGACAAAAGAUUUACCAAUGUCGACAUUGUCAAAUAACAUAUUAUUUGAGGGUGAUGAUGAUAUGACAUCUGAAGACGAAUGGUAUCGUAAAACUGUUGGUGAUGUAGGUAUUCAUGAAAAACUAACUGAAUGGAUACGCGAUAAAAAGGAGACAAGUCAAUUAAUAAUAGAUGAUCCUCGUUAUAAAUUUGUUGAUCUAAGUAAACCAGAUUCUGAAGAAACAACAAUUGACAAUGAACUAAAGAAGAAUAUGAAAAAAUCAUUAUGUUAUUCGCAUCGACAAAUAUCGCGAAAAAUUUUUAUUCAUUCACGGACAAGCUGUGAAUAUGGUUUAAUAACGAUUUAUGCACGUUAUACAUUAUUGAAUAUGUUAAAAGUCUGGUAUAAUGAUGAUCAUUCACAUUUAUUUCCACUUAAUAAAUUCGGUGAUGGAACUUUUAUUGUAACAUUAUUACGAUUGAUGGAUUACCAUUAUACAUGUACACGUACACAUGUAGAUGAAACUAUCAAUAGGAUGAAAUUAUUGAUAAUGUCAAUAUUAAAAGUUGAAUUAAAAGAAUUAUUGAAAUCUAUGAUAUAUGAACAAUUUACUGAAGAUAUACUGAAUAGAAAAGCUCCGUUAUUCUAUCAAUUACAAAAACAUGUUAUUGAAGAAUCAAUUCAUUUUCUUGCUGAACCAUCUUUAAUUGUUAUGAAUAAUUAUAAUAAUGAAACUAUCGAUGAAAAAAUGUUAAUUAAACAAUCAAAUUUAGAUUUUCUUCUAAAUAUUGUUAGUCUCUUUUUGGAAUUAUUAACCGAUUUUGAGAUGAAAAAAUAUAAUAUUGAUCUGAUGAUUCAAUUACUAUUUCCAGCAUUAUUUGUCAAGAUACUAUUCGAUCUAUUUUUAUUAGUACCAUCACAUCAAUCUAAAAUAUUCAUUCUUCAUCUUUUUACCAUGUAA